AUGACGACGCCGAAGAAGAGGAAUGAAAGUGAGACAACGCCGAAUCAAAAACAACCACCCGAUAAGCUGGCAGACCGGGAUCGUAAGGCACCGUUUGAAGAUCGCCAAUCAAGACUCGAGAGCGAUCUGACUAAACUCAUGGAUUAUGCCCACAAGCUCUUGCAUCAACGUGCCGCAGUGGUCGAAUAUCAUGCAGAGGUUACAACCGAGAAAAAUGUCUCAUCUGGUCCUAGUGAAAUAGACUUUGAGACGAACAUCGAAGAAUUAAAUCAUGCUGUCGACACUAUGGGGGAUGAACGUGGAUCGAAAAUCCCUUAUCCAACUAGUCCUAUAGCGAAUAAGGUGAAGAUAACAGAAAAUGCAGUAAUCGUGGACAUUCUUAUGUCCAUCCACCCAAACUCAAGGAGUUCCCCACCUGCAACGGCAUGA